GCGGUGUGACGUCAUCAGAGACGCCCUCCCCGCUGACCAGAAGCAUUUGUGUCCAGACGUUGAGCGCUCCGGAGAGAUUUUUUAUUAUAUUCAUCUUUAUUUAUACAUUAGCCGAUAGAGGUUUUUCGAAUAUGGUCUGUGGCGGUUUCACCUGUUCCAAAAAUGCGCUUUGUUCCCUGAAUGUGGUUUACAUGCUGGUCGGGCUGCUGCUGAUUGGAGUAGCGGCAUGGGGGAAGGGGUUCGGCCUGGUGUCGAGCAUCCACAUCAUAGGAGGGGUCAUCGCAGUGGGCGUCUUCCUGCUCCUCAUUGCUAUUGUUGGCCUGAUCGGAGCAAUUCACCACCACCAAGUCAUGCUUUUCUUUUACAUGGUCAUUCUUUUUAUCGUUUUCCUGUUCCAAUUUGGAGUUUCCUGUUCCUGCUUGGCGAUGAACCGCGGGCAACAGGAGGCACUUCUGAACUCCACUUGGGGAAUAUUGGAAAACAAGACCAAGACAGACCUGGAGAUCCAGCUGAACUGCUGUGGGCUUCUAAACUACACCGCCAGCCGGGCACAGUUUGAUUUGGACUUGCAGAACUGCCCCGCUUUAUGCAAAAAGAACAUUAGCUGUUACACCUGCGGGGAUAAGAUGCUGACUCAUGCAACAGAGGCUCUGAAGAUCCUCGGGGGCGUCGGGCUCUUCUUCAGCUUCACAGAGAUCCUGGGAGUGUGGCUCGCUGUGCGCUACAGGAACCAGAAGGAUCCACGGGCAAACCCAAGCGCUUUCCUAUAGUCAGUCCCACCUACGCAGCGCUUUCGAUGCCGUUUCAGACACACUGAUACACAUAGAAUCAUGCACAUCUAGAGGCGGACACGCCGGCAUACAAUACAAUACCACCCCAACCACUACAACACAGAAUGGACGAGCGCACGCAGCACCUAACAUACACUGAGAAACAAAACACGCACACACUUUCACCUGAGACUGAGAAACUACAACAACCUGUCCAGAAAUGUUGCCAGAGCUCCAGCUGGAUACUUGUGUAUGAAAGGAUAACUUGUAAUACCGAGAAGUGUGACUUGUUGGUAUCGCGACCCAGCCUUGAUUUGAGUACCAGAUUUCCUGCUAGUUUCCAACUAUGUAACAAGGAAUGAGACAUCUCUGCAUGUUUCCUACGCCUGCACAGACAAACGGCCUCUUUUGUUGAUUCGAUUCUACCCACAACAACGAACGACUGCCGUGUCCAACAAAAUAACUUGUAUGCACCUUGAAUUUUCCCCUCUUGUCUCUAAUGUAGUGCCACCACAUAACGACAAAUAUAUUCCUCUGGUCAGUGCUGUCGGUGAUGUGUAGAACUGUAAACAUGUCCAGUGUGAUGAGUUUGUUCUCAAAGUCAGCCGGGCGGGGGGGAAAUGAGUCAAAUACUGGACAUGUGGUGUAAAGUAGUUUUUGAAUUGUAUGUAAAUGUUCUUUUUUUUUUUUCUGAUGCCACAAAUGCCGGGAUUUAACAGGAUUAGGAAGCAAGAGUAGUUGUUAGGUGAUGUAGUUGCUAGUCCUUCGGGUUCAAGAUAUUUAUGAACUGUAACUGAGCCAACUAACUUUUACGAGUCGGAGAUAGAUGCCAACGGACUGCAGCCUUGAUGUUGUACAUAAUCUUUUAGAAAUCAUUCUCGAUGGGUUUGCCAUGUAGUCGCCUCUCGUUGGGAGGCUUGCCUGCAUAGUUGAGGUCUUUGAAGGCCACAAUAAUCCACCCUUCCUGUAUUUAAUAUGUUCCUUUGUGUCGCACAGUGAUGUUGCUUAGUAUAGAUUCUGGUACGUACCUUUACCUCCUGUGUAACUGGAAGAAAUCGCAACAAAUGUAGUAAAAAAAAAAAAAAAAAAAAGGAAUGAAGUGCCGUU